CAUUUUGAAUUUGACGAGCCACGGAGAGAAAUGAAUGACAAUAAACAACCCUUUUUUAUUUUCACUUUAUUGGGAGUAGUGGGUUCUACACUUCUUCUUCUUCUUCUUCUUCUAAGCCUUCACUCACUACCCAUCCAAUUUUCAAAACCCCAUUCAUUCCUCAAGAAUCUCUCCCUCUUCCAAAUUCAAAUUCCCUCUUCUCUAACUAACUCUUCUGCAACUCUCAAGCUCCUCAACAAUGGCGGAUUCCAAACCCCUCAUCUAAUCCCCAAUCUCCAACCCCCAAAAUGCCCCCAUUGCCCUCCUUCCUUCUCACCUUCUUCUUCUACUUCUUCCUUUCUUCCACUUCCUCUCUCAACUCCGAUGGCCUCUCCCUCCUCGCCCUCAAGGCCGCCAUUGAAUCCGACCCAUCUCACAUUCUCGAGUCCUGGUCCGAGUUCGAUUCCACCCCAUGUCACUGGCCCGGAAUCGUCUGCACUCGCGACCGAGUCACUCAGCUCUCUCUCCCCAACAAAGGCCUCACCGGCUACAUCCCUUCCGAACUCGGCCUCCUCGAUUCCCUCCGCCGCCUCACUCUCGCCUUCAACAAUUUCUCUAAACCCAUUCCUUCCCAUCUCUACAACGCUACAAGUCUCGUCGUUCUAGACCUUUCCCACAACUCCCUAUCUGGGUCGCUUUCCGAUCAAAUCGGCGAUCUCAAGAAGCUUCGGCAUCUCGAUUUAUCCUCAAAUUCCCUCAAUGGUUCUCUCCCUAAUCGCCUCACUGACCUAACCGAACUCGUCGGAACUCUCAAUUUGUCCUACAAUCGAUUCUCCGGCGAGGUUCCGCCUUCCUUCGGUAACCUCCCGCUGAUCGUGAAUCUCGACGUCCGUCACAACAAUCUCACCGGAAAAAUCCCUCAAGUGGGUUCGCUGUUGAAUCAAGGCCCGACGGCGUUCUCCGACAACCCGAGUCUAUGUGGGUUUCCGUUACAAAUGCCAUGUCCGGAAGCGCAUAACCCGAACGUCUUUCCUGAGAAUCCGCAGAAUCCCAAGUCACUGAACGCGAACUUCCCGGGCUACGGCGGCCGGAGAGAGAGUAGUGGCGGCGGCGUGGCUGGGUCGGCGGCAGUGGCAGUGGUGUCGUCGAUAUUCGCAGUGGUGGGGGCGGUGUCGCUGACGGUGUGGUGGUUCCGGAGGAAGGCGGUAGUGGGGAGGCCAGAGGAGGGCAAAACGGGAAAGGGGAGUCCGGAAGGGGAAAGUUGUGGGGAAAUGGAAGGGCAAGAUGGUAAAUUCGUGGUGAUGGAUGAAGGGAUGAAUUUGGAAUUAGAGGAUUUGUUGAGGGCAUCAGCUUACGUGGUGGGGAAGAGUAGGAGUGGGAUAGUGUAUAAGGUAGUGGCGGGGCGGGGAUCUAGUGCGGGCGCGAGUACUGUAGCUGUAAGGAGACUUAAUGACGGUGAUGCCACGUUGACGUUGAAGGAUUUUGAGAAUGAGAUCGAGGCCGUUGGUAGGGUUCAUCAUCCCAACAUCGUACGGUUGAGAGCUUAUUACUAUGCAACUGAUGAGAAAUUGCUCGUCACUGAUUUCAUCAAGAAUGGAAGCUUGCACACUGCCCUACAUGGAAAUCCCUCUAGUUCUUGGUCACCUCUGCCAUGGUCUGCAAGGUUAAAAAUUGCCCAAGGAGCUGCAAGGGGUUUGGCAUACAUUCAUGAAUUUGGUGGUCGUAAAUAUGUACAUGGAAACAUAAAAUCAACGAAGAUCCUUCUCGACGAAGAUUUCGAGCCUUAUAUUUCAGGUUUUGGACUCGGUCGACUCGGCCAAGGAGCACCUAAGUUCACUGCAACCUCCUCUAAGAAGUUGAGCUCAAACCAGAAUAUAAUAAGCUCAAUCAUGGGGCCAAGCAUUUCAACUCCCUUGGCAAUGUACAUGGCACCCGAGGUUUGGGAGUUUGGAGGGAAGUACACACAGAAAUGCGACGUUUAUUCGUUUGGCAUCGUGCUUCUGGAACUUCUGAGUGGUAGAUUGGCGGAUGCAGGAUCGGAAAAUGAGGGGAAGGGGUUGGAGUGUUUCGUUAGAAAGGCAUUUCAAGAAGAGCGGCCCUUGACCGAGGUUAUAGACCCUGCACUUGUGCCUGAGAUUUAUGCGAAGAAACAAGUACUUUCGACAUUUCACAUUGCGUUGAAUUGCACAGAGCUUGAUCCUGAGCUGCGCCCGAGAAUGAGAACGGUAUCGGAGAGUCUCGAUCGAAUCAAAUCUCAGUGAAGGGAGGGAAGUGAAGAGAAGAGGAGAAGAGAAGAGAAGAGGUUUGUGUGUUGUGUUGUAACAUUUGUUUUCAGAUAGUGUAGGUAGGUGAGAUGUGUGAUGAAUCUUUUGUAUGUAGAGCUCUAGUCUAGGCUAAUUUAUGUCAAUUAUUUCAUUGGGCUCUUUCUUCUUUCACCACAACUGUCCAAGAGUUUUGCCAUUAUGGAUGAAAACAAACCAACAUUUCAAACAUUGUGUUGGUGGGCACUCAUAGUCAUAUCAAAGGACAGGGGUGUUCAAAAAAUCCAACGACCCGAAAAAUUCGAUCAACUCAACUCAGUCUAUACGAUUUGGAUUGGGUUAUCAAUUCAUGUGUUGGUUUGGGUUCAAAUAAAUGAAAAUUUUAUGGGUUGGAUUGGUUCA